CUCAGUUUUUAGUUACGUUUCAUCGUUCGCUUUAGCCGGUCGCCUUUCAGUGCUUUAAUAAUGUCGUCCAAGCCCAUUCUCUACUACGCACCCCGCAGUCCCCCCUGCCGUGCCGUUCUCCUGACCGCCGCCGCCCUGAAUCUGGAGUUGGAUUUACGCACUGUCAACGUAAAAGCCGGCGAGCACAAGUCAUUGGAGUUCCUAAAGCUGAACCCCCAGCACACGAUCCCGGUGCUGGAUGAUAAUGGCACUAUUGUGAGCGAUUCGCACAUCAUCUGCAGCUACCUGGCUGAUAAGUACGGACCCGAGGGCAAUGACUCCCUUUAUCCCAAGGAUCCCGUCAAACGGCGCCUGGUGGACGCCCGGUUGUACUACGAUUGUGGGCACCUGUUCCCACGCAUCCGAUUCAUUGUGGAGCCUGUGAUCUACUUUGGGGCUGCAGAGGUUCCCGAAGAUCGGGUUACCUACGUACAGAAGGCCUACGAUGGACUGGAGAGUUGCCUGGCCAGUGGACCAUAUCUUACGGGUGAUAAGCUGACCAUUGCGGAUCUCAGCUGCAUUGCCUCGGUGUCCACGGCGGAGGCCUUUGCUCCCAUCGAGGCGGAUCAGUUCCCGAAACUGAAGGAGUGGGUGAAGCGCCUGCAGGCUCUUCCUUACUACCAGAAGACCAACCAGGAGGGCCUGGACAUGCUAGUGGGUCUGGUCAAGGGAUUGCUUGCUGAACGCCAGCAAAAGUAAGUCCAGACAGCAUUUAUUUGAAGUUUUUGAUGAUAUUAAAUAAAAUCUUGUAUUUUUGUAAUGUUCAAA